UGAUAAAGCUUCUCCAAUUUUCAUGCCUAUUUCACCUAAAUGGAAGACCCUUAGAAAAAUGUGUGCUACCAAGAUAUUCUCUUCUCAACAGCUUGAUUCUACUCAAAUUCUUCGUUUAAGAAAAUUGAAAGAACUAGUCGUUUACUUGCAAGAAAAUUGUAGAAAAGGUAAACCUAUUGAUAUUGGCGAGGUUGCAUUUACUAUAUCACUUAACUCCAUAUCAAACACCCUUUUCUCUAUUGACUUGGCCAGUUUUACUUGUUCUUCUCAAAAGUUUAGACAUAUUAUUUCCUCUAUGUUGAUCGAUUCUUCGAAGCCAAAUAUUGCAGACUAUUAUCCUAUUUUGCGCAAAAUUGAUCCACAGGGAGUGAGACGAAGGAUGAGAAGCCAUUACCAGAAGUUGCUAACACUUUUUGAGUCUAUCGUUGAAGAUAGAACUAAUGGAAAGGAAGAUUCUACGAUGGAAAGAAGUGAUGUGUUAGACUCAUUUCUUGAGAUCAUACAGAAGGAAAAUCCUGAACUGACAUUACAUGAUGUGUUACAUCUAUUUUUGGACUUAUUUGUAGCUGGGAUAGACACAACAUCAGCCACAAUUGAAUGGGCAAUGGCCGAGUUGCUACAAAACCCAGAGAAAUUGAAGAAAACAAGAAAUGAACUUCAACAAGUUAUCAACAAAGAUGAAGAACCUAAGGAUUCAGAUAUCAAUAAACUCCCUUACCUACAAGCAGUUGUAAAAGAAACUCUUAGGUUGCAUCCAACAGCUCCUAUACUAGUUCGCAAAUCUGGAUCCGAGGCCGACUUAUGUGGCUUCAGGGUACCGAAAGAUACACUAGUUCUUGUUAAUGUGUGGAGCAUGGGAAGGGACUCGAGCAUUUGGACCGACCCAAAUUUGUUUCUGCCUGAAAGGUUUUUAGAGAGCGGAGAAGAAUUUAUAGGAGAAGAUUUUGGGUUCAUUCCCUUUGGAGCUGGUAGAAGAAUGUGUUCUGGAGUUCCGUUUGCUCAUAGGGUUGUGCAUACUAUGCUGGCCACUUUGCUUUACCAUUUUGAUUGGAAGCUAGCUGAUGGGGAGAAAAUUGAAGACAUGGACAUGACUGAAAAAUUUGGAACUACUUUGCAUAAAGUCAAGCCUCUUAUGGUUAUUCCUGUCGAAGAAUGAACAAAUAUAUAGUUACACAAUUUAACAUAUAUCUACUUGUAACUUAGAAAUAAUUUAUACAGUUAACUCAUCAUAUCAAACUGUAUAGCUAAGAUUGGUAACUGAAUAAAAGUGUUUUAUAUUUGUAGCGUAGAAAUAAUAAGGAUGUUAUUUCACUUGAUUCUGAUACGUAAUUAGCACUCCACUUAAUGA